AUGACCCUCGCGCUGCGGGUUAGCAGCAGUGACUGCAGUUCUCCUGCUCGCGCUGCCCGCGGCGCUACGCGAGCGCGCGCGCUGCUGGCGCACGUGCGCGUGGCGCACGAGCGCGCGCGCGGCUGCGGCGCGUGCGGCGCGCGGCUGGCGUCGCGCGGCGCGCUGCGCAAGCACGCGCGCGCCGUGCACCAGCGCCUCCGCGCGCAGCCCAAGCACGUCUGCCACACCUGCGGGAAGGCCUUCCGGGGUAAGAGCGUGCUAGUGAACCACGUGCGGACACACACGGGGGAGAAGCCGUUCGAGUGCACGGAGUGCGGGCGUCGCUUCACGCAGCGCACCGCCAUGCGCACGCACGUCAAGCUCGUGCACCUCAAGCUCGCCAGGACUGCCAAGGUGAAGCCCGAAGUCCCCGCGCCGCCAUCACCGAAGCUGGACGCGUACAAGCCGGAGCCCCUCAUCCUCCCUGAGCCCUGGAGACAGCCUUGCGAUGUCUUCUUCAGCGAAGCUACUUUUGGAAUGGACAGUAGUAUUCGGAGCUGUUUCUCGGCUAGUCCCGGGUCGCCUGUAGCCAGUAACACACUCAGGUUCUCCUGCUCGCGCUGCCCGCGGCGCUACGCGAGCGCGGGCGCGCUGCUGGCGCACGUGCGCGUGGCGCACGAGGGCGCGCGCGCGCACGGCUGCGGCGCGUGCGGCGCGCGGCUGGCGUCGCGCGGCGCGCUGCGCAAGCACGCGCGCGCCGUGCACCAGCGCCUCCGCGCGCAGCCCAAGCACGUCUGCCACACCUGCGGGAAGGCCUUCCGGGGUAAGAGCGUGCUAGUGAACCACGUGCGGACACACACGGGGGAGAAGCCGUUCGAGUGCACGGAGUGCGGGCGUCGCUUCACGCAGCGCACCGCCAUGCGCACGCACGUCAAGCUCGUGCACCUCAAGCUCGCCAGGACUGCCAAGGUAGGAGACCAGCUGCCCGGGCUGCCGGAUGUUACCGCGGCCCUGGUGAAGCCCGAAGUCCCAGCGCCGCCGUCCCCGAAGCUGGACGCGUACAAGCCGGAGCCCCUCAUCCUCCCUGAACCCUGGAGACAGCCUUGCGAUGUCUUCUUCAGCGUCAGUAGUAUUCGGAGCUGUUUCUCGGCUAGUCCCGGGUCGCCUGUAGCCAGUAACACACUCAGGUUCUCCUGCUCGCGCUGCCCGCGGCGCUACGCGAGCGCGGGCGCGCUGCUGGCGCACGUGCGCGUGGCGCACGAGGGCGCGCGCGCGCACGGCUGCGGCGCGUGCGGCGCGCGGCUGGCGUCGCGCGGCGCGCUGCGCAAGCACGCGCGCGCCGUGCACCAGCGCCUCCGCGCGCAGCCCAAGCACGUCUGCCACACCUGCGGGAAGGCCUUCCGGGGUAAGAGCGUGCUAGUGAACCACGUGCGGACACACACGGGGGAGAAACCGUUCGAGUGCACGGAGUGCGGGCGUCGCUUCACGCAGCGCACCGCCAUGCGCACGCACGUCAAGCUCGUGCACCUCAAGCUCGCCAGGACUGCCAAGGUAAAGCCCGAAGUCCCGGCGCCUCCGUCCCCGAAGCUGGACGCGUACAAGCCGGAGCCCCUCAUCCUCCCUGAACCCUGGAGACAGCCUUGCGACGUCUUCUUCAGCGUCAGCGCAGGACCUUAG